AUGGAUUUGAGUGCAUUGAAUGAUGCAUUUGACAGAGUUUCCAAGAAGCAAAAGUUGUAUUCAUCGAAAACCCAAGAAGUAAUCGAUCGGCUUGGAGCAGAGAUUGAGCUGACACUAUUGAAACUGCAGACAGCGGAGGACAAUUCCACCUCUUGUGUCGAUCAAGAGAGUGCUCUCUCGCAGCUGCACAAUGGAUUAAGUGAGAUGGGCCCACUGGCUCAGCUCGAAGGGUCUCAGAAGGAGUUGACUUCUGCUCUGAACAAAUAUGUCAAGACCAUUGACAAGUACUUGAACCCCGAGAUAUCGAAAGCAUACCGAAGCGUGGACUUUGACUACCACACCAUCAACGAGAUUAUAUCGUGCCAUUUCUACAGACACGGCCUCUUUGAGCUCGGAGACUGUAUCACAGCGGAAGCCCAAGAACCCUCCGACUCCGCUGCCCUGAAGGCCCCUUUCCUCGAGAUGUACACCAUCCUGGAGGCGAUGAGAUCCAGGAAUCUGGAGCCCGCCCUAAGCUGGGUCUCCGCUCAACGGGACCGUCUUCUGCUGCACAACGAAUCCAACCUCGAGUUGAAGCUUCACAGCCUUCAGUUCGUGGAGAUGCUGAAGAACGGGGACAGAAUCGGGGCGCUGAGAUAUGCCCGGAGCCACCUCUCCCCUUUCGCCUCGCUGCACAUGGCGGAGGUCCAGAAGCUGAUGGCGUGCCUCCUGUGGGCGGACCGGCUGGACCAGUCCCCCUACGCGGAGUUCCUCUCUCCGACCCUCUGGGAUAGCACCGCCGAGGAGCUCACGCGGCAGUUCUGCAGGCUCCUGGGGCAGUCCUGCGAGAGCCCGCUGGCCGUCGCCGUGGCCGCCGGCGUGCAGGCCCUGCCGACACUGCUGAAGCUCGCCGGUGUGAUGGCCAGCAAGAAGCAGGAGUGGCAGGCCAUGAAGCAGCUGCCAGUGGCCGUCGAUCUGGGCAAGGAGUUCCAGUUCCACUCCAUCUUCGUGUGCCCCGUCUCAAGAGAGCCGGCCAGCGAGGAGAACCCGCCGAUGCUGAUGCCGUGUGGGCACGCGCUCUGCAAGCAGUCCGUGGUGAAGUUGUCCAAGGGGAGCUCCCGGGCCUUCAAGUGCCCCUACUGCCCGUCGGAGGCCACGGUGGCGCAGUGCCGGCAGCUGCACCUCUGA